AUGUUCAAAGAGCUGGUGUUGACUUCACAACUCGUCUUGGACAACACCGAAGACCUGGAUAUGGUUGCACCGAAUGAUCUGGAUCCGGCAUUACCACCUCGCCUGUAUACGUCUCUCGGAGUUCUGUCUUUUACGGCCGAAACGGUGCCUAUACAAGCUUUCAAAUACCGAGCGCACACGAUCAUGGGCGUUGAGGUCCUCCCUCCCAGCACCGUCGAGGAGGCACAAUGGGAACAUGGGCUAGAUUGCGACCGCUUCGCAGAUUGGGGGCCGAUCAAUCUAGCUGAAUGGGAUGACGGAGCCGGGAGAGGCAUUAUCCGGGGCAUGACGCUGGACACGGUCAAGAACGGAACCGCGAUGGAGAUUGUCGCGCUCUCCUCUUUCACCAGUAAAGGAGAGGCGGACAUCCUUUAUCAUUACCAUGGACGGAAUGCCGAUGCGAGCUACAGCCUGCCUAUCAUCAACUGUCUGGUCAUCCAGUGGCAUGAAGACGGCAUGGCGGAAAGAGUAGGGUUUGCUCAGAUUGGGUCCACUGCGUGGGAAGAAGCCAAGCCUGCACGAAAGGCCGUCCUUCUCAGAUGA